CUGAUUCAUCCAAAGCUGUAGAUGUGAUGAGUGUCCAUUUCUGGGUCAGUGAACAGCAUGCCACACUGCUGCACUGAAUAGUGAACAGAGAGGAGAGGCCAUGGCUUUCAGGUUCCCAUCAGCAUACACUAACUACACCCACUCAACACAGGCUCAUUAUACUAUCAAACCCUCAGUCAGGUGCUGGCAGCGACCGUACACCCUCACAAAGCAGAAGUGGUUCUCACAGAGCUAUAGGACAGAGCCGAAUGGAGUGACGUACAGAGUUCCGGCUUUGCUCUACUUGUCGCGCCUCAGGACCUUUCUGGCCUUCUGUGAGGAGAGACUCAGCCCUUCUGACUCUCAGGCUCACCUCCUCGUCAUGAGGAAAGGCACUUUCUACAGGAACUAUGUGGAGUGGGAGGACAUCAGUGUUCUGGGCACGGCUUUCCUGCCAGGCCACCGGUCCAUGAACCCGUGUCCCGUGUACGAUGAGUUCACAGGUACGCUCUUCCUGUUCUUCAUUGCCGUUCUCGGCCACACAUCAGAAUCCUACCAGCUGGUGACGGGGAAGAAUGUGACCCGACUCUGCUACGUCUUCAGCACCGACGGCGGCGACACCUGGAGUCCAGUCACUGACCUGACUAAGAGGGUCAUUGGGGACACGAUUAAAGAGUGGGCCACGUUUGCGCUCGGCCCGGGCCACGGCAUCCAGCUGAAGUCAGGUCGUCUGCUCAUCCCUGCUUAUGCUUAUCACAUCGAGUGCAAAGAGUGCUUCGGACAGCUCUGCCAGACCACUCCUCGUGCUUUCUGCUUUCACAGUGACACCCAUGGGAGAAGCUGGCGUUUUGGGGAGGCGAUACCAGCGCCAGAGAGCGUGGAGUGUCAGAUGGUGUCUGUGGAUGAGGAGGAUGGAACCAACGUGUUGUACUGUAACGCACGCAGCCCUCUGGGAUACAGGGUGCAGGCCCUCAGCCUCGACGACGGAGCCAUGUUUCAGGAGGGGCAGCUGGUGCAGCGGCUGGUGGAGCCUCGGAAUGGUUGUCAUGGCAGCAUUGUUGGAUUUCCUGCCCCAAUACAUCUCCAUCGCAGUCCCAAUAAUCACUUCAGAUGCCACUUCAGACACUGGACAUCAUCCGCGAGCUACAGUGACCACACCGAUGUAUCAUUGUCAACAAACAAGUCCUUCAGCUCCACUGCAGAAACUCCCAUCAGCCUCAAGUCACCACAUCCUGGUGCCCCUCCAGAUUUUUUAACCCCCACCUGGGUGGUGUAUUCCCACCCGACGUUGUCCACCGCACGCAAAGAUCUGGGCGUGUUCCUCAGCCUGUUUCCCCGUGAUCCAGACAGCUGGCGUGGGCCCUGGGUGAUCUACGAGGGUCCCAGCGCCUACUCUGACCUGGCCUACCUGGAGCUGCCACCUUCCCCCGGAGCGCCCCCCGCCGUGGCCUUCGCCUGUCUGUUCGAGUGCGGGACCAAAACAGCCUACGAUGAAAUCUGCUUCAGCAUCUUCACCCUGUACGAGCUCAUUGAUAAUCUUCCCAAGGAUGCACAGCUGGGAAAUAACCGGCCAGGAAAUGAAAGUGGGAGGUGUAGACGUGAGGUUCAAAGUGCUCCAGCUGUCCGACAGGCCCCUCAUGUGAAGAAGAGAAGAAAGAAGAGCAAGCUGUUGGAGAUGUGCUCUUUGUCUUAAAUGUUGUUUUCAAGCCUGUGAUACACAGAUAAACAUCUUCUAAUAAAUGUUUACCGUUAACGCUCAGUAGCUGCUUCUUGUUAAAAGAUCUGUUCAAAUGAAGAAUAAAAGAAAGAUGGGUAUUGAAGCUUUGUGGGGUUUCUUCAAUGGAUUUCAGUUACAAAGUUUAUCUUUGAAUUUCUUAGAAAAAAGCAAGUUUAUCCAACC